AUGUCACUUAGACAAGCUGAAGAAACUUGCAUAUAGUCGCAACUUGCAUCUGGUGGAAACAAAAGAUAAUAACUACAUCCAGUAGGCAAGUUCAUCAGAACCUGUAAUGAUGGCAGAUCAUGGUGAACCUUGCACUGGGUCAGAUGCAUCCUACUGCAUGAAUGAAGGAAAAUGCUUUAAAAUACCCUCUAUGUCCACACUCACCUGUGUAUGCAAUACCAAUUAUGUAGGCAGCAGAUGUGAGCAGUUUCAACUGGAGAGUACAUCAGACAACAACCAUGAGACAGGCAUGAUCGCUGCUAUAGCCAUCCUUCUCAUCCUCAUUGUGCUGGUGCUGGCUCUGAUCAUCUACUACACCUGCAAAGUGCAAAGGAAAACGUCAAGAAUACCAGGGACAGCAGUGAGUAGUUCUGCCUGAUCUCACUGAAGGAUAUAAAUCGACUUCUGAGGCAUUGUGAUAUCUUAAAACUUUCUUAAUAUUUCAAUUAACACAUGUAAAUAGUUAUUUUCCAAUACAUUAAAAAAAGUAAUAUAUACAUAUGUCUUCAGACUAAAGGUUAUAUUCCAGAAAAUGAAAAUGCUACAGUAAUGUAAUACAUUUCAAAUAAAGUUAUUAUUCUUGUCAGUUUGAACCUACUGGCAAUAUAAAACUUUGAGGAAAAUGUCUUACCGAUGCCACACAUAAUAAUGAAUUCUUCAGUUUUACACUACUAAUAAUUCUUUUACAGGUUUAAAAACAGACCAAACCCUAUACAUUUUAUAUUCCACUCUUCAUUCUGACAGUGAAAACACAAAUCAAACACUCUUUGAAUGCAAUGAUUUAAAAGACUCUUU